AUGGAGUGGUUACGGAACAAAUUCAGUGGUUGCAAAGAUUCAGACACCGAGGAGUCCAUAGUUUGUGCCGGUAGAGCGUAUUUGCUAUUUCUAUUGGGAUGUACACUGUUCAGCGACAAGAGUGGGACGAGAGUUCCUGUUGUGUAUUUGCAGUUGUUGAUGGAUGUGACUGAUAUUCAUACAUAUGCUUGGGGUGCAGCUGCAUUGACAUAUUUAUAUAGACAGUUGGGAUUUGCCACGAGAUCAGCUGUUCGACAGAUGACUGGUUACAUGACAUUGUUGGAGGCAUGGAUUUAUGAGCAUUUCCGGCUAUUUAGACCUCACCAAAACAUGGAAUAUACUAUACAAUUGCCUCACGUGCAUCGAUGGACUCCUCGUCGGGAAGCUGGUUCAACGGUAUCACACUUACAGGCGUUACGGGAGGAGCUUGACAGAUUGACAUUUGAUGAGGUUACUUGGGAUCCAUAUCGAGAUUGCCGUCAACAUCACCCAUGUCAUGAGAUCACAUUCUACAGUGGUUGUUUGAAGUGUUUGGAUGUAGUUGAACCCUAUCAUCCUGAAAGGGUUCUUAGACAGUUUGGUAGGGUCCAGACCAUCCCACCUGCGCCACUCGACCCUGUUCGUGCUUGGUAUACAAUCAUCACACACUUACAUAUCCAGAACCCCACACAUCGGUCUGGUUUUGACCCACGUGCACAGGAUAGUCAAUCUGACAUGAAGGAUGCUGAGCGUAUUGAUCACGCGCUACGGAUUGCCCAUCCUAUCAUCGAGGCGGGCCAUGAUGCUAGUGUUCGUGAGCCAGAUAGGUUAUAUCAGGCCAUUGAGAGGAUGACACGUGUUCUUCAAGGUCAACAAAUUGAUGAGGCUGGACCUAGUUCUAUUCCACUUCGAACAUACAAUCGUAGGAGACGAGUAGAUGAUAGGAAGUAUUAUGCCAAUGCAUUUGAUACACCGCAAUGA